CACUCAGUGAAAUAGAAAAAUAAAAAAUAAAAUGUUUGCUGCAAAAUUUAGUCCUUUUAUCAUGAAUACAUCCAAAUUAAAGCAGUUGUGCAAAAUAGAUAAUAUAUCUUAUAACCAGGUUGUAUCAGUGAUGAAUUGGAAAAAGCCCCCAAGUGUAGAUGAUGUAGAAUUUCCAGAGAAAAGAAAGUUGAAAGUUAUUGAUCGAUCACCAUAUUUCAGUGGACAAAAUCAAGAUCCACCUAUGAAAUUUAUGAAAAGAUUACGUGACAUGAGAGGACCAGAAUUAAUACACAAUAAGUUACAAUACGGUGAAUAUGGCAUUCAGGCUACUUGUGGUGGAAAAAUGAGAUGGGGGCAUUUGGAAAUGAUAAGAAUGAGUAUUGUAAGAGGGAUGAGAGAUACUAGAAUGUUUGCUAUAUGGAGAGUAGAAACGCCCUGGAAGGCUGUUGGGAAGAAAGGCCUUGGUCAGAGAAUGGGGGGUGGAAAAUCUCCCAUCGAUCAUUAUGUGUACCCAGUAAAGGCUCAACGAAUCAUCAUGGAAGUAGGUGGAGUCACAGACAUUGACGAAGUGAAUCAUAUUUUAAAACAGGCUGCUGCCAGUUUGCCUUUUCAAGCUAGAGUAGUUAGCCACGAAAUUCUAGAACGAGAAGCUGAAAAAGAAAAAUAUAUUGAAGAGAACAAUAUUAAUCCUUUUAGUUUUAAAGACAGCAUCCGAAAAAAUUAUCUUGGUUGUAAAACUUGGAUUAGUCCAUUUGAUUUUAAAUGGGAUGGAAAGUAUAAGUAAAUCAAAUUAUAUUAUGUGUGACUUUUUAAGUGCUAAAUAAAAUGAAAAUACCUUCUGUUU